AUGGCCGGCGCGGCCCGGCGGUAUAUCACGAUGUAUCCCUUUCUUAGAUCAGCUGCUCAAAAAACCAAUUCCACUAGAAUCGCAAAACUGCAGAUGCUCGGCAGACAGCUCUAUACCAGUUUUCUCAAAGACACCGCCGAUUUAAGGCGGAUCGACCAUCGUGAACGCCCGGAUAUCAUGCGACUUCUCGAUGCAUUCCUCAGUGCCAGACCUCCGUGUGAGUCGCAUGUUGCCUUUCGGCAUGACGCUGCUCAUGACGGCGAUACCAACGCGCAAGGAGUAUCCCAAGGCAUCAAGCGGAAGGCACUGGUCUUCAAGCUAUGA